UUUGGUACGAAUUACUGACUUUUUUCAAACAAAACAAUAACAUUUAACAUACUGAUCGUUCAAAUAUAUAUUAUCCGUAGUUGAUACCGACCAGUUUUCGCUAAAUAAAUUUAUCCGUUACAUUUGAGCGAUCAGCUUUUAUCAAACAGCUGAUUUGUGACAGCUUCUCACAAUUCCAUUGACAAUCCAAAAGGUUAAUUUGACGGAUAGAUAAAUUUAUAUAUAAUUUAUUCUUGAUUUGACAUUUGCGCGUUUAUUAAGUUGCUUUAUUUGGUGUGCUUACAUUUUAUUUAGUUUGAAUUUAAUCUAUAAUACUUUAAUUCUUAAAACGUAACUUUUAUAAAAUGGCAACCGAAGAGGAGCAAAUUCAGGUGUUGCCGGUCAAGGAGCCGCUCGACUUGAUUAGACUGAGCUUGGAUGAAAAAGUGUACGUAAAGAUGCGAAAUGAACGUGAACUACGAGGACGUCUUCAUGCGUUUGAUCAACAUUUGAACAUGGUGUUAGGCGAUGCCGAAGAAACAGUAACUACUGUAGAAAUCGAUGAAGAAACUUAUGAAGAAGUAUAUAAAACCACAAAACGAACAAUUCCAAUGCUUUUUGUGCGAGGAGACGGCGUAAUAUUGGUAUCACCACCCAUGAGAGUAGGCUAAAGCAAAUGUUUAAAACUUAGAAUGUAAUCAUAUAAUUAAAUAAAGAAAAAAUGUGCUUAACUGUCAACAAUUACAAA